AAUAGAUUCAUUCCGGGUAAAUAUUUUUGUUUUAUUCAAAAAUAACUAAUGAUAGGGAACUUGAUAAACCUAUCCAUCCUCAAUUAGAUUUUGAUGGAAUUCUUACCAUGUACAAGUUGUCACAAACAAGCUCUUGCUUAUUUCUCUCCUGACAAAUACUUUUUGGAAGAGGAGUCAUCAUCAGAUUGCCUUUACCGUCUUCCAUUUGAAUUUAAUGAGGAUGAUAAGCUUGGUCCAUGGGACAUCAUGCUUAGCGAGGACACAAUCAAAGACUUGCGUCAAUUGGAAUCAUCACCUGAUAAAUUUAGGACAGUCAUACAGAAACUUGGGCAGAUAUCAUUAGGAAAAUGGGACAAACAUGAAUUACGGCGUAAGGUUCAAACUCAUGCCAUUCCUGUUUAUGAGAUAGAAAUUCCAGAUAAUGAUGGUCUAAAAAUUCUCUGGCAAGUUGAUUAUGGAUUCUCUAUUCGUAGUGAUUCGCUCACACAGCUUGUUAAAAUUUGGGCUGUCACAGCAAACAAGGAACAAAUCCACAAAAUAUUAGAAAAUCUCUCAAUAGUUCAUCAGAUUUAUACUCCCAAGCAUUUGUGUAUGGUGGAACAAUCAGGUAAAGAUAGCGUAAUUUUACCAAUGACCUUUGGAAACGAAGAAGAAAUAAAAUCUCCUGAAAACGGAUUGCAUACCUCACUGACGGAUGAUGAGAAAUUGCUAGAGGUUCAUAGGAUGCUUGUUACAAAUAAGUUUGUUCCCUUAUCAAAGAACUUGUACAAAUCACUUGCCUUGGGUGGUUUUAAUUUUACUUUUCAAGUGUCCAAGAAAGAAUAUGAAAUCAUUAACUGUCCUGCAUCGGCGGUUGUUAUUGGUCGAUCAGGGACUGGAAAGACUACAUGUAUUAUUUUUAGGCAGAUUGCUUCAUACUUAAAUAGACAACUCUGUAAAACGUCAUCCAAUGACAGGGUUUUUAUCAAAAGACAAAUAUUUAUUACAGUGAGCCCCAAUCUUCGUGACCGGGUAAAGGAAUAUUUUAAUAAGUUGCGAGAGUCUGCCAUGCUCGCCGGGAAAAAAAUUUCUAUGGCGCAGUUUUAUGAAUAUAGAAGAAAGAAAGAAGAAGCAGAAGCAGAUGGCACUGAUACAAUGCUCGAAGAGGGAGAUGAUGAUGAUGAUAUUCCAAACUCAUUCCAUGAGCUAGAAGAUCACCAUUUCCCUUUGUUCAUGACCUACGAUAAGUUUUCUAAAAUGCUUCAAGAAACGUAUGCCAUUAAGAACCUAAUCAAACAACGAAAGUUAGGUGCAGAUAAUAUUGAUUCAUAUGAUAAAGAAGGAAGAUUUUACCAAAAAUCAUCUUUCGUUAAAACGACGAAUUUUGUUGAUUAUAAGGUCUUUCAGAAAAGAUAUUGGCGUCGUCUUAGUUGCGAUUUUGAUUGUGAAUUGGUUUAUGCUGAAUUUUCUAUUAUUAAGGGUUCAAAUCCCGAAGUAGAUUUUUUAUCAAGAGAAGAUUACAAAAACAUCAGUACCAAAAAGUAUCCGGUAUUUUCAUAUAACCGGGAUCAGAUUUAUGAUUUAUUUCAAAAAUAUGAAACAAUGAAGUUACGAAAUGGUGAUUACGAUUCGAUAGAUCGAACGUUGGCAAUCUUACGUCUUGCCAAAAAAAAAGCACUCGGUGGUCCACAUAUUCAUGAAGUAUAUAUUGAUGAAUGUCAGGAUAAUCAAAUUGUGGAUUUGGCACUUAUCUUGAAGGUUUUUGACCGUGCCAAUAGCGUUUUUUUAGCUGGAGAUAUAGCACAAUGUAUUGCCAGAGGGUCUUCUUUUCGAUUCCAGGAUUUACAUGCCUUAAUGUAUAAUUGGGAACGUACACGAGCCAAAACCAAUCAUAGUAGCAUUAUAAAUCCAAAACAGUUUGAGCUAGAUAUUAAUUACCGAUCCCAUAAUGGGAUCCUUCAACUCGCCACUUCAGUAAUUGAUCUUAUUUGGCACUUUUUUCCUAAUUCUAUCGACCGGCUAUCACGUGAACAUGGUAGGGUCGGUGGACCUCAACCUACUUUCUUUGAAGGGUUCCAAAAAGAUCAUUUUAAAAUCUUCUCGUCAAAUAGCAGAGAAAGUGAGCUUGAUGAUGUUUGUACCUCUAAUGGGCAAAAGCUUGUUAAUGGUGACGAAAAUCCAUUCAUUGAAUUUGGUGCUGAUCAAGUCAUUAUUGUACGUGACGAUAAUGCUAAAGAUGAGUUGAAGAAACUAAUUAAUAAAGCUGGAUUGGUAAUGACUAUAUUUGAAGCUAAAGGCAUGGAGUUUAAUGAUGUGCUUUUGUAUAAUUUCUUUAACGAUUCACCUGCAUGUCGAAAGUGGCGAGUAAUUGAUUCUAUUCCAAGAGAAAAUUCUGAAGGUGUUCAAACUUUCUCCCACGAGAGACAUUACAUCCUUUCCUCAGAACUCAAACAUCUUUACGUUGCAGUAACUAGGGCUCGGCAACAUAUAUGGAUAUGCGAUGAAAAUCCCGAAUAUAGCAUUCCACUCAAAAUGUACUGGGAACGUCUUGGGCUAAUUAAAGUAACUCAAAGUGUAGACGAAAUUAUUUCCACUUUGGCUAAAAAGAGCAAUUCAGAUGAGUGGGAUCAACAGGGAAAAAAUUUCUUUGAACAACGGCAGUAUGAGCAAGCUAUUUUCUGCUUUGAAAAAAGUGGAAAUAAAAAGAGCAGAGAACUAGCCAAUGCAUAUUAUCUUCAGCAGAUUGCUAAGGAUUCUACAAAUGAUUCUGAUGAUGAUACUAUAAAGUCCAAUUUCAUUUGUGCUGCUGAGGCUUUCGUAAAGUGCUCCCGACCCAAUCAGGCGGCUUCAUGUUACCAGGAUAUUAGCAUGUAUAAAGAAGCUGGUGAUGUAUAUGUCAAAUGGAAUAUGUUUGAUCCUGCCGCGCGUUGUUAUAAUAAAGCUAGUAUGUGGUACGAGGCAGGUAAGUAUUUUGAAAAGGCAAAGAACUAUACUGAUGCUGUUGUAGCAUAUAAAAAUGAUAACCGUUAUGAAAAAGUAAUCGAGCUAAUGCGAAAAUAUCGACAAAAAAUUGAUGAUAAAAUAUUUCACCGUAUUACCCGUCUUGUCAACAUCCAUUAUCGUCGUACAAAUAAUAAAGAAAUGAGUACGAUAGCUCUUUCUAUCCUCCCCCAGGAGGAACAAAUUAAACUUCUGAGAGAUCAUGCACCAGAAGAAUUUUUAGAAGUCUGUGAGAAGACUGGUCAAUUUCGUGCCGUAGCUGAAGAUCUGCGUUCACACGGUGAAUUUGAAAAGGCAGCUGAUAAGUUUAACUGCUCAAACAAUGAUGAGGAUAAGAUUGAGGCAUUACAGUGUUACUUACAUCUAUGCAGAGUAAAUAUAUUAAAGUCGAUGAUCAAAAAUUUGAAUAAUUCUGGGUUGAUGAGUCUCCAUUCCAAGGCGAAUGAUAUUAUUACAAAAAUCAACCCAUCGUUUAAAAAGUCCAAAAAGUGGGAAAAAAUAAUGGAAGAAGAAUUUCAAUUAUACUCAGCUUAUUUAAAUAAGGGUCUUAAUAGAGUUAACAAGUAUAUACAACUUUUUAAGAAUCAGGGAGAGAUUACUCAUGAAUUUCGUGCAAUAAUCUUAUGGUUGCAGAUUCCACAACCUGAUAUUGAGGAAGAGUAUUGGAAAAAGAGGUUACAACAUAUAUUAAGGCUAUGUGAUCUAGUCUUUCCUCUUAUAAAAGCUUCACGAUACAAUGACAAUAAAAUUAUUGAGAAUAUUUUUUUUGUAAGCAAAGUGGAGAACUGUCCACAAAAACGUCAAAUUUUUUUUGAUAACCCACUAGUUCGUCUCAUAAAUGAAAUGUACGGCAACAACUCGAAAAAAGAAGUAACAGAAACCACGGAUAAUCGAUAUGUUUAUAACGUAUAUACUGUAUAUCGGACAAUUUCAAAAUUCCUCGCUUCGUAUAUCUUUGAGCUCAUCCGGGAUGAUAAUCAGAAGGGUAGAAAUAUUCCAGACAAGAACAAAGCAAAGAAGUUCUCGGUUUACAAAGAUGGUGGGCUGAAAACUUGAUUCGAAAUCAUAUACGCUAUCAUUCUUCAAGGACAAGUUGUCCGGAGAUCACUCACAUGGUGCUUGCUAAAUUACCUUAUCACACACGUAAUGGGUUUAUCGAACUUGCUCAUAAGAGAUGGCUGUAUGAGUUUAAUAAUGCCAGUAACUUUGAAGCCAUGCUAAAAUGCAUGCUUGUUCUUCAGCAGCUGAGAGACGAAUGGGGUAUUAAUACGUUCUGUUGGGAAAUGUCAAAGCCAACGAUUCUUUUAUAUCCUUACAAUUUACCCGUUGGUCUUGAGUACUACGAUUGUUAUAAUGGAUAUCACCGAGCAAUUCCGGUUGGAAAACGACUUUCAUCAUUUUUCUUUUAUCUUAGAUCUAACAAUGUGAUCGAAGCAAUUUCU